ACCAGCUUGUGUAAGUUCUGUCGGACACCAGAAACGUUUUGACGGAGAAGAAGCGCUUCAGUGGGUCUGAGGACGGUACAAGAAAGACGUGACAAUGCUGUGCUCUGCUCUUGCGAAGAGGCUGGUUACAGGUGUGUGUCAGGCGGCGUGGAGGCCAGUGGUCACAGGCCUGGUGUCAUCUCGUGGUUACCGCGGAGACGCUCCUGACGACACCAGGGGUGACCUGAUCGAGAUCCCUCUGCCCCCCUGGGAGCAGAAGCUGGACGAGCCCACCGACAUCAAGAGACGCAGACUUCUCUACGAGAGCCGUAAGAGGGGCAUGCUGGAGAACUGCAUCCUGCUCAGCCUUUUUGCAAAGCGCUACCUGAACACAAUGAGUGAGAAGCAGCUGCAGCAGUACGACAGACUGAUUAAUGAACCGAGCAAUGACUGGGACAUCUACUACUGGGCCACAGAAGCUCAGCCCACGCCUGACGUCUACCAGGGAGAGGUCAUGGAUCUGCUGAAGGAGUUCACAAAGAACCGCAACCAAGAACAGAGGCUCGACGCGCCCAGCCUGGAGUACCUGGAGAAAGAGAGCCAGUGAGGUCCUUGGCCCUCCAGACCUCCUCAGAGACACAUUAAAGGAGGCCUGUUGAGUGGAUAUGAGUGGAAUCAGCCUCCAGAAAACAUCCUCCCAAAGUCAGCAGAGUGUGCAGAACACUGCAGGGUGCAGAACAUCUGGGGUACAUUUUGAUCUAAUACUGUUUCCAUGAAAUAACGCGGCCAUAAAGGCGCGCUCCACUACGUCAUGUGUGUUGUUGAUCAUCGUAGGGACAUUUAAUAAAGUCGAGGGAGGUUUGUGGAUCAGACAUGAGGGAGCUGUUCUUCAUGUUUUGUACAUAUAUACAUAUAUAUAUAUAUUCAUCCAGUUCUGUAAAUUCAAGCUUCUCAGACACAGAAUAAGUGAGCGGUGAUAAAUAGACACCAGCUGAUCUGUACGAUGCUUCCUCUGUGCCUGUUCCAGACAUUAUGGGUUAUUUAAUAAAUGUUGAUGCCGUGCUCUUUUCUGUGUUUAUUGUUUAACAAAUGACCACACGGUUGGAUCACAUGACCGCUGGACGACACGACGGACGCUGUGGACGGUCUCUGUUACAUAACCAAGGUUGUGCCGCCUGCAGUGUGUGUUUACAGACAGCAGAUGGAAGCAGAUCACCUCCGUUCAGUGUCAAAUCAAAGCAUCUGCUCGUCUUGGUACCGCUGGUGAAAGGCUCGGCCAGUACCUCAUAUAAUCACACAUACUGUAGUUUUCAUGUGUGAAAAUAUCAGCUGCUGUGUUUAUGUAAAAGGCAGUUUGCUGAGAAGCUUUAUGAGCUGAGCUGCCUGGAAAAUAAAACAAAAAAUCACCUCAUAGGGCCACAAAAUGACUGUGUUUGAAUAAAAGACUUAUUAAACAUGAA